CUGGAUAUAAUGAAAAAAAACUCUGGACCAGAUCAUUUGUAACGUGUUCAAUUAAAUCACGAAGACAAAUUACUUAUCGCGAAGAAGUUUUAUCUCACAUUUUGACACGUACUCUAAUAUACCCUGCCAUUGGAAUUAGGAUAUAACAUUUACAUAAUGGGUAGAACUUCAAGAAAACGUCAUCAAAAGAAGAAGCUAAAUAAAGAAAUAGCAGAAAAUACAGAAGACAGUUUGAUGCAUUUUAGAUCUUGGUUAUUAACAAAGAACUGUUCAUCAGUUUAUGAUCUUGUUCCAUUUAACUUUCUUAUUACAGGACGAGGAUUAAAAACAUUAAAAGACAUUAAAGUUAAUGAUAUAUUGAUCAAACUACCUUAUGAAAUCUUAAUAACAACAUGUACAUUAUCUCAAAGCAAUUGUUGCAGUGGAAAUGUAAUUGAUCGUACACAGAAAAAGAAAUCUAUUAUAAGUUCUGUUAAACUUCCAUUGGUAAUACCUGGAUUUACUGGGGGAAAAUCAGGACAACAAAAAAGAGAUUGUUUUCAUCCUGGUGUAUCUAGUUUAAGCCAUGAAUGUAUUGAUGUUCAAGAAAGGGAGGCAAUUAAAUCUGCAAAUAUGAUUAGAGCAAUGCUUAGAUAUAUUUGGCCAAAAGAUGAUCCAGAUAUUCGAAGAAGAGUUAAAAUAGCCAUGGGUUUACUUGUUGGUGCAAAAGCUCUAAAUGUUGGCGUUCCUUUCAUUUUUAAAUGUGCAAUAGAUACUCUUAAUACCCAACACAUGGCAACUACUGGUAAUGCCAUUUUAAGUCUAGAAACUGGAUCAGAUACGGUUGCAACAGUAGCAACAUCAUUACUUAUUGGAUAUGGAGUAGCACGUGCUGGUGCAGCUGGAUUUAGUGAAUUGAGAAAUGCAGUAUUCGCAAAAGUUGCUCAUCAUUCUAUUCGUAAAAUAGCUAAAAAUGUAUUCUUACAUUUACAUAAUUUAGACAUGGCUUUUCAUUUAGGUAGACAAACUGGAGCAUUAUCUAAAACAAUAGAUAGAGGGAGUCGUGGUAUAAAUUUUGUAUUAAAUGCUAUGGUAUUUAAUAUUAUUCCUACUGUCUUUGAAUUAUCAUUAGUUAGUACAGUCUUAUAUUUAAAAUGUGGAACAGAAUAUGCAAGUAUUGCUCUUAGUUGUGUUGGAAUUUAUGCAUUAUUCACAUUGGCUAUUACUCAAUGGCGAACGAAAUUUAGAAUUUUUAUGAAUCAAGCAGAAAAUGAAGCAAGUAAUAAAGCAAUAGAUUCACUUAUCAAUUAUGAAACAGUAAAGUAUUUUAAUAACGAAAAAUUUGAAGCUGAAAGAUAUGACGAAUCGUUGAAAAAAUAUGAAAUUGCAUCACUUAAAACAAGUACAAGUCUAGCAAUGCUAAAUUUUGGACAAAAUGCUAUAUUUAGCGCUGCACUUAGUUUAAUAAUGGUACUAGCAUCCAAUAAUAUUAUAGAGGGUACCAUGACAGUAGGAGACUUAGUAAUGGUUAAUGGUCUUUUAUUCCAACUAUCAGUUCCCUUAGGAUUUUUGGGUUCAGUAUAUCGUGAAGUUAGACAAGCUCUCAUCGAUAUGCAAACUAUGUUUACUUUGAUGGCAAUGAAUACUGCUAUUAAGUCUAAAGAGAAUGCAACGCACUUUCAUAUAACUUCAAAGAAUUCGGAUAUUGAAUUUAAAAACAUUAGCUUUCACUAUGUUGAAGGCAAGCCUAUUUUUAAAGAUAUUAAUUUUACUAUUCCAAGUGGUAAAAAGAUAGCUAUUAUUGGAGGAUCUGGUUGUGGUAAAACAACAUUAGUAAGAUUGUUAUACCGAUUUUUUGAACCACACUCUGGAGCUGUUUUUAUAAAUGGGCAUAAUAUUCGAGACAUUGAUUUAGAUAUCUUAAGAAAAUCAAUAGCAAUUGUUCCUCAGGACACUGUUCUCUUUCAUGAAAGUAUCUUUUACAACCUUCAUUAUGGUAAUUUAUCUAAAAGUAAGGAGGAUGUUUUUGAAGCUGCCAAAAUGGCAAAUUUACAUGAUUCCAUUCUUAAAUGGCCAAAAGGAUAUGAUACACCUGUUGGAGAACGUGGUUUAAAGUUAAGUGGUGGUGAAAAGCAACGAGUAGCAAUUGCUAGAGCAAUUUUAAAAAAUAGCCCAAUAUUAAUUUUUGAUGAAGCCACAUCAUCUCUAGAUUCUAUUACAGAACAUAAUAUUCUUGAAGCAUUACGUAGAGCAACUGUUGGCCGGACUUCCAUUGUUAUAGCCCAUCGAUUAUCCACUGUUAUGGAUUCAGAUGAAAUUUUUGUAUUAGAUAAUGGUAGUUUGAUUGAAAGAGGAACACAUGACUCUUUAUUAGCUGUGCCAAAUUCUUUAUAUUGCAAAUUGUGGGAAACACAACACAUAGGAAUGCUCAAAUCUAGUCAAGAAAAAGAUAAUAACUGUAGAACUCCAGGAGUUUGAAACAGAAAUUGUAUAAUGCACAGGUAAUAAUGUCAUACAAUCUUGAACUUGAAAUUAACCAUUUGAACAUACUGAGAAGUCUAUAUAUAUCUAAACAAUAGAUUCUUAUUUCUAUAAUUUUUUUUGUUUAUCGUAAUCUAUCAAAAUGAACCAAAAAUAUUUCCAAAAAGUCGAUUUGAUUCUAAUUGAACAUUUCCCAGUUUUAAUACAAAAUUAAUAUUACAUAAGAUUAAAUAUUUAUUAUUUAAUGUAUUAUUAUAAAUGUAUUAUUGUAAAUGCAACUAGCAAUGGUAAAUUAGGCAAAUUACUUGUAAUAAUAAAAAUUUGUAACAUAA